UUCUUAUGAUUCCCGUUUAUCUUAUCAACGUGGUUUUUAACAAUUGUGACGCAAAAUAUGGUCAAAAGGUCACAAGAAUCUUAUUUAAAACAAUGCUGGGGGUAUUACUUACAUCCUUGAUUGAGUUAGUUUUUAAACUCUAUAAUUCUCAAUGAGCGAUAAGAGGCAGUGAAAUUACAUAAUAUUAUUUCGAUAUUGUAAACUGUUAAUACGAGUCAUAAAUAAUCAAUGAAGAAAACAAAUUAAACAGAAUGGAACACAAAAAGUUAUGGGGAGGUCGUUUUUCGGCAUCGACCGACUCAAAUUUAGAAAAACUGAACUCUUCUAUUACUUUCGAUAAACGGAUGUAUGCUGAAGAUAUCGAAGGCAGUAAGGCGUACGCUGAAGCUUUGAAAAAAAUUAAUCUCUUAACUGAGCAUGAAACUACACAAAUUUGCAAGGGCCUAGACCGAGUUAAAAUCGAAUGGGACCAAAAUUUAUUUGAAACGAAAGAAGGAGAUGAAGAUAUACACACGGCCAAUGAACGACGUCUCAAGGAAAUAAUUGGAGAACCAGCUACCAAGCUCCACGUUGGUCGCAGCAGAAACGACCAAGUGGUCACCGACAUGAAACUUUGGCUCCGAAGUCAUUUACAAGACUUGGACAAAAUCGUGAAAUCCUUAAUCAAAGUGAUUAUCACCAGAUCUGCACACGAAAUUGAUAUAAUGAUGCCUGGUUAUACCCACUUGCAACGAGCCCAACCUGUGCGAUGGAGUCACUACUUGUUGAGCCAUGCCUGGAAUCUUAAAAAAGACUGCGACCGAUUGGACGACAUUGUCAAGCUUAUCAACAUCAUGCCCUUAGGAAGUGGUGCCUUGGCUGGGAACCCUUUCAAUAUUGAUAGAAUGAGUUUAGCUUCAUCACUUGACUUUGACUCUGUUACCCAAAACAGCAUGCAAGCGGUGGGCGAUCGUGACUUUAUUGCUGAAUUUUUGUUUUGGGCCUCAAUGGUUGGAAUUCAUUUAAGUCGUCUAGCUGAAGAUCUGAUUCUCUACAGCUCUAAGGAAUUCGAAUUUGUCACAAUCGAUGAUACCUACUCCACUGGGAGUAGCUUAAUGCCCCAAAAACGCAAUCCUGAUAGUCUCGAAUUGAUUCGAGGUAUUGGGGGAAGUUUAUUUGGACAAUGUUGUAGUUUUAUGAUGGUUCUGAAAAGUUUACCCUCGACUUACAACAAAGACUUGCAAUAUGACAAGGAAGCAAUGUUUACUACUUUCGACAAACUCAAAUCCAUUUUAGAAGUAGCUACGGGUACGGUCAAGACUCUCAAAGUGAACCAAGAUAAGUGUAAAAAUGCGUUAAGUUUUGAGAUGUUAGCUACCGACGUGGCUUAUUAUCUGGUGCGGAAAGAAGUACCGUUUAGAGAUGCUCAUUUUUUGGCUGGAAAGGUCGUAGCUGAAGCGGAACGUAAAGGAGUAUCCAUUUGUGAUUUAACGUUGGAAGAAUUGAAGAACAUUAGUUCAUCCUUUGACGUGGACAUUGGACGAGUUUGGAACUAUGAACAUAGCAUCGAACAAUAUAAAGCUAUUGGUGGGACAGCUAAAUCAAGUGUUGCCAAACAAAUUGAGUUGCUCGAAAAAUGGUUGAUGUAAUGUUUGCAAAUUCAUAAUAAACUUCUGUGUGAAAAAUA